UUAGUUCCUUGUUGUUAUUAAUUUGUUGUGAGUGUGAGAUGUGUGGAAUUGCUUUUUUAAGCUUUCUCCAUUACAUUUGGGAAGUUAUUAAUUUGUUAUUUCAAAGUAAUCUGCAAAUUUUGGGUGUGAUUUUAAGUGAUAUUAGCUUAUGGAAAUGGAUCGAGUCUGGGUCGGCGGGCAACUUGGGUAAAAAGUAGAAACGGCUAAGGACUAUAAUUUUCUGUUUGUUUUGCUUUGGUUGAAACUGAAAGUAGAUAAUGAAACUAUGGUUGAAGGUAUGAUUUGCAUAAAACUGCUGGUUGUUCUUGUAUUCAGGUUGAAAUAUAUUAUGUUUCUCUCUGGAUUUUUUAGGUACGUUUUACAGCAAAGGGACAGAGGUUUCCGAGGUUUAUAUGGAUAGUGUGGUUAAAAUUUUCGCCGUGGAUGAAAAUUUUGAGAGGCCGAAGGUUGGUCUAAUGACUAAUGCACGGCUGAGAAAAAUGAUGUACCAUGGUGUCUUAUGACAAAGGAAAUUUUGGAAUCAGAUGUUUACAAGGAAAUGGGGAGCACUUUGAAUCUGUCUAUAGUAUACCCUGACUAUUAUCUCAAUCCUCUCCAUGCAUAUGAUGAAGGCAAUCUGUCUUGGCUGGCUGCUGCAGAAGCAGAGGCUGCGACUUUAACAAUUGCAAAACGGGCACUACCUGAUGCGUCUUCAAUCAAUGAGGCAAUGGAAAUUAUUCGUGGAAAUUGGCUCAAUGCUAUGGAGCAACAUCAUCAGCAGUAUUCUGGAAACUUAAGCCACCUCCAUUUGUUUUUAGAUUUGUGAAAGAGAAGACUUGUUCAUAUCAAGAUGUAGAAUCAGUUAAUAAAUGUGGCCGUUAUAUUUUGCAACUAAUUCAGGGAAGUCUUUUAAACUUUUUUUAUUUUAGAUAUUAAAGUUUAGAUCUUUUCAUGACUCAAGUCUUCCCAUUAAAGUUUGAAACUUAAUAUUAAAAAAUACUAUUUUUUCUCUCAAAAAGUUAGCCUUCUAAUUUGUUGUAUAAAAUAAUAAUAAAUAUUGUAAUGCAAU